GCCGCCACCAUAGAUCUACAAAUCAGCUGUUUGCAAAAUAUUCGUGUCCAUGCGGCGUUAUUCUAGUAUCUUUUUCAAUUAUUUCCAGUAAAGAAUUAUUACACUAUAAAUUCGAAAUAUAGAAACAAACGACGUUUAACACGACCUAUCGUAGCAACUAUGUUCGGUCGUGUGUUUAUGUUAAAUUUUCGUAAUAUUUCGCUUUUAUCCAGGGUAUGGAAUGGACCCAACAGAGCACUUGCUGGAAAACAAGCUGAACAAAAAAUGAUAGGAAUUUUAAAAAAUAAAUUUCCUAAUGCUAAGCUUAUUGAAGUAAAUGAUGUAUCAGGAGGAUGUGGUGCUAUGUUUGAAAUAAAUGUUGUUGCUGCAGAAUUUAAAGGACUGAACACUGUUAAGCAACAUCGAAUGAUUAAUGAAGCACUUAAGGAGGAGAUUAAAGACAUGCAUGGUGUUAGGAUAUACACAAGUGUUCCUGAAUCAUAGAUGAUCCUUAAUUUUGUACAGAACCAUUUCUUGCAUCUAACAAAGUUUUGUAAAUUUUACAUAUUUAUGUAUACAUAUAGCUUAAAUAUCGCUAUACAAAUAUCAAAUAAAU